AUGGAUUACAGCUCGCUCAGCGGGGUCCCGCGCUUCCUGACCCGGCCCAAGGCCUUCAUGGUGUCUGUAGGGAAGGACGCCACGCUGAGCUGCCAGAUUGUUGGAAACCCCAUCCCAGUGGUGAGCUGGGAGAAGGAUAAACUUCCAGUGCAGUCUGGGGGAAGGUUUAAAACCACAGAGGAUGGGGAUUUGUACCGGCUAACCAUCUACGACCUGAGCCUGGAGGACAGCGGCCAGUACAUCUGCCGGGCCAAGAACACCAUCGGGGAGGCCUUUGCUGCUGUCAGCAUCAAGGUGGGAGAGGAGACCACGGUCACAGAGUCGGCUCCUUACUUCAUCCAGAAACCUACCAACAUCAAAGUAACCCUGGGAGAAGACGUCAUGUUCAAAUGCAAAGUCCAGGGCAGCCCUCCCCUCUCGGUGAACUGGGAGAAGGAUGGGCGAUACCUGAGGAACAAAGCGGACGCUGGGCGCUUCCAGAUCGAGUCUGCUGGUGAGUCCAACGCUCUCACCAUCCAGUGUGCCCAGCUGGGGGACAGUGGCACCUACACGUGCCGGGCAGAGAACCUCAUCGGCUCCGCCAGUGCCUCGGCCGCGCUGGUGGUUGAAACGCGCGGCUCCUCCAACCCCGACGGUGGCGGCAAGACGGCCUCCUUGCUGUCCCACCUGCAGAAGAGGCGGGAGGAGAUCAGGAAGAUGGACAUCUCCCACAGCACUCUGGACUCGGCCUACUCGGCCGUGGAGGGGCUGUCCAGCCUGGGCUACGGCCUGUCCCGGGACUACGAGCGGGCGGCGGGCCUGGCCAAGGGCGCGCGCAACGCCGCGCUCGGGGCCCUGACACGCACCUGCAGCGUGACCGAGGGCAAGCACGCUAAGCUCAGCUGCUACGUGACAGGAGAGCCUAAGCCCGUGAUUGUGUGGAAGAAGGACAACGAGGUCAUUACAGAAGGCCGGAGGCAUGUUAUCUAUGAGGAUGACCAGGAGAACUUUGUACUGAAGAUCCUUUUCUGCAAGCAGACGGACAACGGGCUGUACACCUGCACGGCCUCCAACCUGGCAGGGCAGACCUACAGCUCUGUGCUGGUCACUGUCAAAGAACCCACCAUACCCUUCAAGGCAAAGCUGAAGGACCUGGAGGUGCGGGAGAAGGAAUCUGCCACGUUCCAGUGCGAAGUGCCUGUGGCUGGGACAGAGACAGCCUGGUUCAAGGAGGAGACCAAGCUGCAGCAGAGCAAGAAGUACAACAUCGAGGAGGAGGGCACCUACCGCCGCCUCACCGUGCAGAACGUCACCACGGACGAUGAUGCUGUUUACAUCUGCGAGAUGAAGGAAGGGAGCAGGACCAUUGCAGAGCUCUCUGUCCAAGGGAACAUCAUUAAAAAACUGCCACGGAAAACUGCUGUCUUCAUCAAGGACACAGCCACCUUCUGCGUGGAGCUGGACAACGACUGCCAGAACGUCAGGUGGCUGAAGAACAGAGAGGAAGUGAAGCCCAGCGACCGCAUCUCCAUCACCUGCUCUGGCAAACAGCACACCAUGACCAUCCGGGAGUGCAAGGUGGAGGAUGCUGGGGAGAUUGCCUUCCUGGCUGAUGAAAGCAGGACUUCCACCCAGUUCACUGUGACCACUCCCAAGAAACCUCCCACCCAACCUCCCUCUGACCCUGUGGUGAAAAAUAAAACAGAAACCUCAGUGACGCUGGCGUGGUCCCCUCCGAGGAUGGAGCGACCCAUCCCGGUGGACGGCUACAUCGUGGAGCGCAAGAAGCUCACCGGCUUCACCUGGGUCAGGUGCCACGAGUCCCACGUGCCCAGCCCCGAGCUUACGGUCAGCAACCUGCCAGAAGAGGCUGACUACCAGUUCAGAGUGUCUGCUGUCAAUGCCUAUGGACAGAGCCCCUACCUGGAGUUCCCUGGGAGCCUGCACCUCGAACCUGUCCUGGCUGUGAAGAACCCCCUGACAACAGCCGAAGUUGCACCUGGAGGGGAUGCCCUGUUCACUGUUGACCUGACCAAGACAUGUUCUGGCACUUGGUACCUGAAUGGCAAAGUCUUACAGGAAAGUGAGACCUACAUCAUCAACAGAACCCAAACCACUCACACCCUGGUCAUUAAAAACGUCACCAGGAAAGAUGAUGGGACAGAAGUGAAAUUUGUUGCCAAUGACGUUGAGACCAGCACCAAGAUGAGAGUGAGAGGAGCUGCAGUGAGAUUCACCAACAAGACCAAAGAUGUAGAAAAAGUCUCAGCUCGGCUGAGGGAGGAAGCCAAACUCCAGGCUGAGCUUUCAGACACAGAGGCCACUGUGAAGUGGAUGAAAGAUGGGAAGGAGCUCAAGGCCAGUGAAAAUUACGAGUUCCAAACCGUGGGGAAGAGGCACAUCCUGAAAAUCCGCAGCACUGCUGAGGAGGACGCUGGAGUCUAUGAGUGUGUCUGUGAGGGGGAUAAAAUGGUUUAUCAGCUCUCAGUGAAAGCACUUGCAAACUUUGUGAACAAAGAGAAAACUGGAGGAGUUGUCAAGGCCAUUGCUGGGAAACGGGCUGAGCUUGUGUCUGAGACCUCUGAGGCCAACAUCAUGGUGAGGUGGUACAAAGAUGGGAAGGAGAUCACAGCCAGCAAGAAAUUCACCGUGGAAGACAAAGGAAAGCUGCACAAGCUUGUGGCUUCGGCUGUGACAAAGGAGGAUGAAGGAACUUACACCUGCAAAAUCGGGGAUGACACCCUGACUUUUGAUUUAAAAGUCUCAGAUGAAGCUGUUACUUUUGUCAACAAGCCCAAAACGACUCCAGAGGUGUCAGUCAGUCCUUCUGAGAGCCUGGAGCUGGUGUGUGAGGUGUCAGCUGCUGGUGGGGCCGUGGUGUGGAGGAAGGAUCAGACUGAGGUGAAGCAGGACCAGAGGACAACAAUCGUCUGCCAGGGGACACAACGCAAGCUCAUCGUCAAGAAGGUGACACAGCAAGACCAAGGCAGCUACACCUGCGAGACAAAGGACGACAGAACAACAUUCCAAGUCAAAGUCAGAGAGACAGAGGCUGUGUUUACAAACAAGGAGAAAGUGCAGAAAGAGGUGAAGGCUGCACUGUCAGAAAAUGCCACGCUGAGCUGCGAGGUGGCCCAGGAGAAAACAGAGGUGAAGUGGUACAAGGAUGGGAAACUGAUCACCUCCAGCAAGAAGUUCAAGGUGGAGUCGGAGGGCAAAUCGCGUCGCCUGGUGGUGGGUGAGGUGGAGAAGAAAGAUGCAGGGGAGUACACCUGUGAGGCUGCUGGCCAAAAACUCACCUUCAGGAUCAGUGUCACAGAAGCAGAGGAUGCAUUUAUCAACAAGGACAAAGUGAAGAAAGAGGUGAAGGCUGCACUGUCAGAAAAUGCCACGCUGAGCUGCGAGGUGGCCCAGGAGAAAACAGAGGUGAAGUGGUACAAGGAUGGGAAACUGAUCAGCUCCAGCAAGAAGUUCAAGGUGGAGUCGGAGGGCAAAUCGCGUCGCCUGGUGGUGGGUCAGGUGGAGAAGAAAGAUGCAGGGGAGUACACCUGUGAGGCUGCUGGCCAAAAACUCACCUUCAGGAUCAGUGUCACAGAAGCAGAAGAUGCCUUUGUCCACAAGGAGAAGGUGCAGAAAGAGGUGAAGGCUGCACUGUCAGAAAAUGCCACGCUGAGCUGCGAGGUGGCCCAGGAGAAAACAGAGGUGAAGUGGUACAAGGAUGGGAAACUGAUCACCUCCAGCAAGAAGUUCAAGGUGGAGUCGGAGGGCAAAUCGCGUCGCCUGGUGGUGGGUCAGGUGGAGAAGAAAGAUGCAGGGGAGUACACCUGUGAGGCUGCUGGCCAAAAACUCACCUUCAGGAUCGAUGUCCCAGAGCCAGAAGUUGUGUUUACAAACAAGGAGAAGGUGCAGAAAGAGGUGAAGGCUGCACUGUCAGAAAAUGCCACGCUGAGCUGCAAGGUGGCCCAGGAGAAAACAGAGGUGAAGUGGUACAAGGAUGGGAAACUGAUCAGCUCCAGCAAGAAGUUCAAGGUGGAGUCGGAGGGCAAAUCGCGUCGCCUGGUGGUGGGUCAGGUGGAGAAGAAAGAUGCAGGGGAGUACACCUGUGAGGCUGCUGGCCAAAAACUCACCUUCAGGAUCGAUGUCCCAGAGCCAGAAGUUGUGUUUACAAACAAGGAGAAGGUGCAGAAAGAGGUGAAGGCUGCACUGUCAGAAAAUGCCAUGCUGAGCUGCGAGGUGGCCCAGGAGAAAACAGAGGUGAAGUGGUACAAGGAUGGGAAACUGAUCAGCUCCAGCAAGAAGUUCAAGGUGGAGUCGGAGGGCAAAUCGCGUCGCCUGGUGGUGGGUGAGGUGGAGAAGAAAGAUGCAGGGGAGUACACCUGUGAGGCUGCUGGCCAAAAACUCACCUUCAGGAUCGAUGUCACAGAGCCCAAACCUGCAUUUAUAAACCAGGAAAAGGUCCAGAAGGAGGUGAAGGCUGUCCUGACAGAAAGUGCCACCCUCAUGUGCGAGGUAGCACAGGACACAACUGAGGUGAAGUGGUACAAGGAUGGCAAACUGCUCGUGUCCUCUCGGAAAUUCAAAAUAGAGACCCUGGGCAAAUCCCGGCGCCUGGUGGUGGGGCAGCUGGAGAAGAAGGAUGCUGGGGAAUACAUCUGUGAGGCUGCAGGCCAGAAGAUGACCUUCAAACUGGAAGCAACUGAACCAGAGGCUAAAUUUGAAAAGAAGGUUGUCCAGAAAGAGCCUCUCAUUGUUCAAGAACAUGAAAGCAUCACCCUGACAACCUCAGUCACGCCUGAAACCGCUGCAGUGAGGUGGUUCAAGGAUGGCACAGAAAUCAAGGCGAGCAAGAAAUGUGUGAUCAAAAGCGAGGGGGCAUCCAGGACGCUGACAGUGAACGCAGCUGAGAGCACAGACUCUGCCCUCUACACCUGCCAGACAAAGGAUGACAAGCAGGAAUUCAGGGUCCAGGUGAAAGAAAUCCCGGUGAAGUUUGCCAAGAAGCUGGAGGCCGUGAAAGCCGAGCUUGGUGGCAGCGUGUCCCUGAGCUGUGAGCUGAGCCACACCAAGGGGAAGGUGACGUGGAGCAGGAAUGGCGUGGAGAUCAAGGCCAGCAAGCGUUUCCAGAUCCGUGAGGAGGGAACCAAGCGGAUCCUGACCAUAACGGGGAUCCGGGCUGAGGACGAGGGAGAAUAUUCCUGCGAGUCCAGGGAUGACAAGAGCAGCAUCACCAUCGUCCCCAAACCUCCCAGAGUGGUGAAAUUCGUCACAAGUCUCAACAGUGUGGUGUCUGAGGAAGGGAAAGAGGCCGUGUUCAAGUGCACAGUCUCCCCCAGUGAUGCUGUGGUCACCUGGCUCAGGAAUGGUGCCAAGAUUGAAGCCAGCAAGAAAUACGUGAUCUCUCAGAAGGACACCAACCACAGCCUCACCAUCACUGACCUGACACUGGAGGAUGCAGCUGAAAUCACUGCCAAUGCUGAGGGUGUGGAGAGCACAGCCAACCUCAGAGUCAGAGAGGCCUCAAUCUCCUUCAAGAAGAAGCUGGAGCCCAAAACAGUUGAAGAGAGGGAGACAGUGACCCUGGAGGUAGAGCUGACCAAGCCUGCCGAGGUGAAGUGGAUGAGGAACAGCAUUGUGCUGAAGCCCAGUGACAAGAUAGAGAUCAAAGCUGAGGGAACAAAGCACACCUUGGUGGUCAAGGACAUCUCCUUCGCAGACCGGGGCUUCUACUGCUGCGAGAGCCCUGAUGACACCACCCAGGCCAAGAUCAAUGUGGAAAUGAGGCAGAUCAAGCUGGUGAGAGGCCUCCAGCCCCUGGAGGUGGCUGAGAAGGGGACUGUCACCUUUGAGGUGGAGGUGUCCCACGAGGACGUGGAGGGCACCUGGCAGAAGGAUGGUGUUCGUCUGAAACCUUCACCCAACGUCAGCUUCGGUGUCCUGGGCAAGAAACACUCGCUGACUCUCUCCUUAGUGGCUCUGGAAGAUGCAGGAGUCAUCUCCUUCAAAGCAGAGGGCAUCAGCUCAUCAGGGAGGCUCACUGUCAAAGAAUUGCCUGUGAGGAUCAGCAAACCUUUGGCAGAUGUCAGUGUAACUCAGAAGCUCAAGGCUACAUUCGAGUGUGAGCUAUCCAAACCCAAUGCCAAUGUGAAGUGGUUCAAGGAUGGGAAGGAGAUCCGACAAAGUAAAAACAUUGGGAUUGUCUCCCAAGGAAAUAAGAGAAGCCUCAUUAUUCACAAGUGUGAAUAUGAAGACCAGGGAACCUAUACAUGUCAAGCAGCUGAAGACAAGACAUCAGCUACUCUAAAAGUUCAUGCCCGAGAUGUCAAGAUCGUAAAACCACUGGAAGAUGUGGAAGUGAAUGAAUAUGAGAGUGCUUCUUUCAUCUGUGAGAUCUCACACGACGAGGUGGAAACCCAGUGGUACAAAAAUGACAACAAGCUGAAGACUUCCGACAACAUCAAAAUGCGGCAGGAGGGAAAAACCUAUUCCCUGACAUAUGCACGUGUCCAGGUCGAGGAUGCGGCAGAGAUCAAAUUCGUAGCAGAAAAAGCAGAAUCUCGUGCUCACCUGACUGUAAAAGAGCUGCCCGUGAAAAUCGUGAAGCCCUUGCGGGAUAAGAUCGCCCUGUGGAAGCACCGGGGGGUCCUGGAGUGCCAGGUGUCCCGGGCCAAUGCCAAGGUCAGGUGGUUCAAAAAGGACAGGGAAAUUCACCCUGGUGUGAAAUACGAGAUCGUGAGCGAGGGCGUCUAUCGCAAACUCGUCAUCAACGACGCCGACUACGAGGAUGAGGACACGUACACCUGUGAUGCCUUCGAUGACAGAACCAGUGCUAAUUUCUUCGUUGAAGAGCAAGCCAUUAAUAUUGUAAAAGAAUUGUGUGACGAGGACGUGACUGAGCCUGAAGAAGCCAAUUUUGAAUGUGAGACAUCCAUUCCAUCUGUGAAGCCUGCCAAGUGGUUCCUGAAGGGAGCAGCCUUGCAGGCUGGCAGAAACAUCAUCAUGCAGCAGGAAGGCACCAUCCACAGGCUGACAAUAAUCAAAACAAGUGUUGAUAUGACAGGCACCAUCCAGUUCUCCAUUGGCAAAUCCAAAUCCACAGCAAACCUGCUCGUCAGAGAUUACCACAUCCAGAUCACCAGGAAGCUGGAGGACAAGACCGUCCUGGAGCGGCACUCGGUCAUCCUGUCCUGUGACUUCAGGCCUUCCCCAAAGCACGUCAAGUGGUUCAAGGGCCAAGAGCUCAUUGAGCCCUCAGAGAAGUACAGAAUCAAGAGGGACCAGUACUCAGCAGAGCUGAAGAUCAUGAAGGUGAAGCCCCAGGAUGCUGGCGUGUACAAGUGCAAGGCUGGCAUCGCCGAGACCGAAGCCACGCUGAGCGUUGAAGCCCGCAAUGUAGAGGUCCUGAAGCACCUGCAGGACGUGGAGGUUGAGGAGGACAGCUGUGCCAUGUUCUCCUGCGAGCUGUCCCACGACGACGAGGAUGUGGAGUGGUUCCUCAACGACACCCUCCUCUACACCAACAACCUCAAUGACAUCAAGAACGUGGGCAAGUGCUACACACUGACCAUGAAGCAGGUGAAGCCUGAGGAUGCUGGCACGGUGACAAUGAAGUCAGACAAGGUGUCGGAGACUGUGCGGCUGAAGGUGAUAGAGAAACCUGCUGUCUUCAUGAAAUCCUUGGAUGAUGUUUUCGGUGAGGAGCGAGGAGUGAUCAAACUGGAAUGUGAGGUCUCCAAGGAGAAGGUCAAACCUGUUUGGAAAAAGGAUGGUGUGAAGAUCACUUCUAGCAAGAAGUAUGAGGAGAUACAGUCUGGGAAGACUCUGUGCCUCCUUAUCCAUGACCUGGAAAAGGCAGAUGCAGGGUUGUACACCUGUGACAUCGGCACUGAUGUUGCCAAAUCAAAGGUCAGCGUUCAGGAACUGAACAUUGGUAUCACCAAAAGGCUCAAGAACACUGAAAUCCAGGAGGGAGAAGAUUGCACUUUUGAGUGCAUUUUGUCCCACGAAAGCAUUGACGACUUCAACUGGACCCUGAACGGGAGAAAAGUGGAAAGCGGGGGGAGGUUUAAAGCCUCCAAUGCAGGUCGGAAAUACACACUCACUAUCAAAAAUGUCACUCCUGGUGACGCUGGGGAAGUCAUCUUCACUGCCCGUGGUCUCUCCUCCAAGGCUUCCCUGCUUGUGAAAGAAAAACCUACAGAGGUUACAAAACAACUGGAGAAUAAAACAUCCCCAGCAGGGCAGGACAUCAGCCUGAGCUGUGAGCUGUCCAAAGCUGAUGUGACCAUCAGGUGGUACAAGGAUGGCAAAGCAAUCAGGAAAAGCCAGAAGUACGACCUGCAGCAGGAGGGGACACGAGCCACUCUCAUCAUCCGAGACUCCACGGUCAAGGACAGUGGGGAGUACACCUGUGAGACUGAGACCUCCAAAACUACAGCCAGGGUCACAGUGCAAGAAAAACCUAAUUAUUUUGUCAAGGAGCUUUCAGACCUGAAAGUGGACGAGAGUGGAACUGCAGUUUUUGUGUGCCAGAGUGAGAGAGCUGCAUCCUCUGUGGUCUGGAGGAAAGGCAUCGCUGAGCUCAGGGCUGGCAGGAAAUACGAGAUGACACAGAAAGGGCAAGUCCUCCAGCUGACCAUCAAGAACCUGGAGAAAAGUGACAGUGACACUUACAGCUGUGACAUUGGGGAUGCCCAGUCCAGAGCCAAGCUAACUGUGCAAGGCCAGAAAGUGCUAAUAACAGAAGACCUGGAGGAUGUCACUGUGUUAGAAGGAGAAUCUGCCAUGUUCAAGUGCAGAAUCUCUCCCGUAGACUGUAGCAGAGUGCAGUGGUUUUUGGAUAAAACCCCACUCCAUACCAAUGAACUUAAUGAGAUCCAGUCCCAGCCUGGUGGAUAUCACCUGCUGACGCUGAGAAAGCUCUCCCUGAAGGACUCGGGGGUCAUUACAUUUGAAGCUGGUGAUAAGAAAACAUCUGCCAGUUUGGUUGUUAAAGAAGCACCAGUUCUCUUCAAGCAAGAGCUCCAAAACGAAGAAGCCAAAGAAGGAAAGCAGGUCAGGCUGACCUGUGAGCUCAGCAAACCUGGCACCCCAGUGAAGUGGAUGAAGGGAGACACUGUUCUCUAUGCCAGUGAGAAGUAUGAAUUUAAGCAGCAUGGGACUGUGGCAGAGCUCAUCAUUCGAGAUGUGAAAUCUGUGGAUGCUGGGGACUACACCUGCAGUGCUGGGGAACUGAAAACCACUGCUCGGGUCAAAGUGAAUGCUGUGCCUGUGCUUUUCAAACAAGCCCUGGAGAACGCGGCUGUGGAAGAAGGGAAAUCCGUCUCCCUGCGCUGCGAACUCACAAAAGCUGACGCCACCACCGUGGUGUGGAAGAAGGGAGAAGCCACGCUCCAGGCAAGUGCCAAAUAUGAAAUGAAGCAGAAGGGGACAGUGGCAGAGCUGGUGAUUCAUAAUGCAGAGCCAGAAGAUGCGGGAAGAUACACCUGUGACACUGGAGACCAGCAGACCACAGCCCAAGUCCAGAUCCAUGCUGUGCCCGUGCUCUUCAAGGAAGAGCUGAAGCCCGUGGAAGCUGUGGAAGGUGGGACAGCCACCCUGAGGUGCCAGCUGGGCACAGAGGCCCCCGUGGAGUGGAGGAAGGGGCAAACUCUUCUCCGGGCCAGUAACAAGUACCAGAUGAGGCAGGAGGGCACCGUGGCUGAGCUGCUGAUCCACGACCUGGAGCCAAAGGAUGCUGGAGACUAUUCAUGUCUAGUGGGGAACCAAAAAACCACAGCAGCUUUGUCAGUGAAUGCCCUGCCAGUCCGUUUCAAGCAAGAGCUGAGGAACGAGGAGGCCACGGAGAGCGGGACGGCGACGCUGCAGUGCGAGCUGAGCCGGGCGGGCGGCUCCGUGCACUGGAGGAAGGAUGGGAAGGAGCUGGUCCCGAGCAAGAAAUACCAAACACGGCGGGAAGGGCGCUUUGUCGAGCUGGUCAUCCAUGACCUGGACCUGACGGAUGCUGGGAGCUACACCUGUGUGUGUGGAGAGCAGGAGAGCACGGCUGCUUUGAGAGUGAAUGCCUUGCCUAUCCUCUUCCAAGAAGAACUGGUGAACAAGGAAGCUACAGAGGGGGAGGCAGUCACUUUGCACUGCAAACUCAGCAAACCAGCCCCAGUUGAGUGGAAAAAGGGGAGCACAGUGCUCAAGCAGAGUGAAAAGUACAAAAUAGAGCAAGAAGGUCCUUUUGUGGAGCUGACAAUCCAGGAUUUGGAUUUGGCAGAUGCUGGGGAUUACAGCUGUGUGUGUGGAGACCGACAGACUACAGCUGCUCUGGCAGUAAAUGUCCUGCCUGCUCUUUUCACCAAGGGACUCACGGACAAAGAAGCCACCGAGGGUAAAAUUGUCUCCCUGAGCUGUGAGCUGAACAAGGCUGCUGCUAACGUGGAGUGGAAGAAGGGCUUCAAGACCCUCAGGCCAAGUGACAAGUACAAAAUGAGGCGGGAAGGUGUCGUGGCUGAGCUCACAAUCCAAAAUCUAGACACGGCGGAUGCUGGGAACUAUUCCUGUGUGUGUGGAGACCAGCAGACCAUGGCAGUUUUAACAGUUCAUGCUUUGCCCGCAUUUUUCAAGGAAGGGUUGAAGAACAGGGAAGCCACAGACGGCGCCACGGCCGCUCUGCGCUGCGAGCUGAGCAAGGUGGGCGUCCCCGUGGAGUGGAGAAAAGGGGACAAGGCACUCAAACCAAGUGAAAAGUACAGGAUGAGACAGGAAGAUACAGCUGCAGAGCUGCUGAUCCGAGAUCUGGAGGUGGAAGACACAGGAGAAUACACCUGUGUGUGUGGAGACCAGAAGACCUCGGCAGUCUUGACAGUCCACGCUCUGCCUGCACUGUUCAAAAGAGAUCUUGUCAAUGUGGAAGGCACAGAAAACAGGACGGCUGUUCUGCAGUGUGAGCUGAGCAAACCCGCCCCGGUGGAGUGGAGGAAGGGGCAGGAGGUGCUCAGAGCCAGUGAAAAAUACAAAAUGAGGCUGAAGGACACCACUGCUGAGCUGACAAUCCACAGCCUGGAGGAGGGAGAUGCAGGAGAUUACACCUGUGUGUGUGGAGACAAGACUACCACAGCUUCCCUGACAGUGCAUGCCCUCCCUCCUCACUUUAAGAAAGAGCUGAAGAACGUGGAAGGCACAGAAAAUGGCACGGCCACUCUCUGCUGUGAGCUGAGCAAAGCUGGAGCUGCCGUGGCCUGGAGGAAAGGAGACAAAACCCUGGGGACAAGUGACAAGUUCACCAUGAGGUGCCAGGGCACGGUGGCUGAGCUGGUGAUCCACGAUUUGGCCCUGGCAGAUGCUGGAGAUUACACGUGCUCUUGUGGAGAGCAGGAAACCACGGCUGCGCUCAAAGUCAAUGCCCUGCCUGUGCACUUCCAGGAGGAGAUGAGGGAUGAGGAAGCCGCAGAAGGCGCCACAGCCACCCUGCAGUGCGCGCUGUCCAGGGCUGCGCCCGUGGAGUGGAGGAAGAAGCACAAAGUGCUCAAACCCGGCGAAAAAUACACAAUGAGGCAGGAGGGCAGCAGAGCCCAGCUGCUGGUGCAUGCCCUGGAGCCCAGGGAUGCUGGGGAGUACACCUGUGUGUGUGGAGAGGAGAAGACAACAGCAGCACUGACAGUGCACGCCCUUCCUGCUCUGUUCAAAGAAGAGUUAAGAGACGAGGAGGCCCAGGAGGGUGAAGCAGUGACUCUGCACUGUGAGCUGACCAAACCUGCCCCAGUGGAGUGGAGAAAGGGACACACAGCCCUCAAACCUAGUGAGAAAUACAAAAUGAGGCAGAAGGAUGUCACUGCAGAGCUGGUGAUCCACAGCCUGACCCAGAGUGAUGCUGGGCACUACACCUGUGUGUGUGGGGAGCAGCAGUCCACAGCUUCCUUGGCAGUACAUGUGCUGCCUGCAGCCAUCCAGGAGAGCCUGAGGGACGAGGAGGUGACCGAGGGCCAAGCGGCCACUCUGAGCUGUGAGCUGACCAAAGCUGCCCCCGUGGAGUGGAGGAAGGGCAGCACUCUGCUCAGAGCCAGUGACAAGUACAAAAUGAGGCAGGAGGGCACGGUCAGGAAGCUGCUUAUCCAAGAUGUGGAGCUGAAGGAUGCUGGAGAGUACACGUGUGUGUGUGGAGAGCAGGAGACAACAGCGGCCUUGAUAGUGCAUGCCCUGCCAGCCCUUUUCAAAGAGGACCUGAAGGACCUGCAAGGCACAGAAAGCCAAACAGCCACCCUGCGCUGUGAGCUGAGCAAGGCUGCAGCUGUGGCGUGGAAGAAAGGCAACAAAAUUCUCAGGGCAAGUGAAAAAUACAUCCUGAGGCAGCAGGGUGCCCUGGCAGAGCUGGAAAUCCGUGACCUAGAGCUGCAGGAUGCAGGAGAUUACACCUGUGUGUGUGGGGAGCAGCACAGCACGGCCUCUCUGACAGUGAAGGCCCUGCCAGUGUUUUUCAAGGAAAAGCUGAAGGAUGAAGAAGCCCAAGAAGGAGCAUCAGUGACUCUGAGAUGUGGAUUAACCAAAGGAGCUGCAGUGCAGUGGAAAAUAGGGCCCAAAGUGCUCAAAGCAAGUGACAAAUAUCAAAUGAGAGAGUCUGGCACCACUGCAGAGCUGGUCGUUUGUGACCUAGAAUUAAAAGAUGCUGGAGAUUACACCUGUGUGUGUGGUGACCAGAUGACAACAGCAACCUUAACAGUUCAUGCUGUGCCACCCCUCUUUAAGGAGGAGCUGAAGGACCAGGAGGCAGAAGAAGGUGGAGAGGUGUCCCUGCUCUGUGAGCUCUCCAAGGCUGCUCCAGUGCAGUGGCAGAAGGACCAGAGGACCCUCAAACCAAGUGGGAAAUACAGAAUGAGGCAGGAGGGGCUCAAGGCAGAGCUGGUGAUCCAUGGAAUAGCUGAGGAGGAUGCAGGAGAGUACACGUGUGUGUGUGGAGAGCAGCAGACUGCAGCUGUCCUGACAGUGCAGGCUGUGCCUCCGUUUUUCCAAGAAGAAAUGACCAGCCAGGAAGGGGUAGAAGGUGGAACAGCCGCUUUUCACUGUGAGCUGAGCAAAGCCCCUGCCUGUGUGCAGUGGAGGAAGGGCCAGCUCAUCCUCACCUCGGGCCCCAAGUACAGCAUGAGGCAGGAGGGACGUGCUGUGGAGCUGCUGGUCCAUGGGCUGGACCUGAGUGACACUGGGGACUAUUGCUGUGUGUGUGGAGACAGCAUCAGCACAGCUGCAUUAACAGUUCAUGUGCUGCCUCCAGAAUUCAAGAGAGAGCUGAAGGACCUGGAAGCUGUGGAAAAUGGCACAGCUGCUCUGCAGUGUGAGCUGACAAAACCUGCUGAGGUGCAGUGGAAGAAAGGGCAGGAGGUGCUCAAAGAGAGCAGAAAACAUGAAAUGAGUCAGGAUGGGGCUGUUGCAAAGCUGGUUAUCCACGAGCUGGAGGAGGAGGAUGCUGGAGUUUACACCUGUGUGUGUGGAGAUCAGCAGACAACUGCCACGCUGACAGUCAAUGCCCUACCAGCCCUUUUUAAACAAGAGCUCCAGGACACUGAGGCAGAAGAAGGCGGCACAGUGACCCUGAGGUGUGAGCUCACCAAACCCAAGGCUCCAGUGGAGUGGAGGAAAGGAGAUGUCACUCUCUACCCGGGUCUGAAAUACGAGCUGAGGCAGCAGGGCUGUGCUGCUGAAUUGGUCAUUCAUGACCUGGAAGUGGAAGAUUCAGGAAUUUACACCUGUGACUCCGGACACCAGCGGACAACGGCUGUGCUGGCCGUGCAUGCACUGCCCAUCACAUUUAAGCAACCUUUACAAAAUAAGGAGUUUGAGGAAGGAAGCACAGCCACGUUCUGCUGUGAGCUGUCGAAAGCCAGCGCUGCAGUGGAAUGGAGGAAAGGAGGCGUGGGGCUGCAGCCCAGCCAGAAAUAUGAAAUGAGGCAGAGGGGAUGCCUGGUAGAGCUCUUGAUACACAACCUCAGAUUGGAAGAUACAGGAGAAUACAGCUGUGAUACGGGGGAUCAGGAAACCAGGGCAGCUCUGAACGUGAAAGCUCUGCCAGUUCUUUUCCAAAAGCAGCUCAAAGAUGAGGAGGCAGAAGAAGGAGCCGCAGUGAAAUUCCAGUGUGAGCUGACAAAGGAUAACGCGGUCGUGGAGUGGAGGAAAGGCACCAUGGAGCUCUUCCCGUGUGCCAAAUACCAAAUUAAAUUAAGUGGGCGCACAGCUGAGCUUGUGAUCCAUAAUGUAGAGCCAGAGGAUGCUUCUGAUUACACCUGUGACACAGGAGACCAGCAGAGCACUGCAGUUCUCAGAGUGAAUGCCAUCAAACCCCAGCUGAAGCAGCAGCUGAGGAACGAGGAGGUGGAAGUGGGAGGAACAGCCAGGCUGCGCUGCGAGGUUUCCAUCAGCAAAGCAGAAGUGGAGUGGAGGAAGGAUGGAGUCCUGCUGCACCCCAGCUCCAAGCACGAAAUGUGGCAGGAGGGGACCCUCCGGGAGCUCCGUGUCCACCACCUGCAGCCUGGGGAUGCUGGGGAAUAUUCCUGCAAGGCUGGAGACCAGACGAGCUCUGCCCAGCUCACUGUGAAAGAGCCUGACGUGACCAUCGUGAGCGGCCUCAAGGACGCGGUGGUGGCCGAAGGGGACGAUGUCACCUUCAGGUGCCAGGUGUCCCACGAGAACGCCAGGGACGUCGAGUGGAAGCUGCAGGACGUGGCUCUGCAGAACAACGAGAUGAACGAGAUCUCGGUGGAGAGGGGCAAGGUGCACACCCUGACCCUGAGGAAGGUGACGGAGCAGGACAUUGGCACCGUCACCUUCCGCGUGGGACCCCACACGUCCACAGCAGAGCUCAGGGUGAAAGCUUCUCCAGUCACCUUCACCCAACCCCUCCAGAACCAGCAAGCUGAGGAGGGUGGCACUGUCACCCUGAGCUGCGAGGUGUCCAAGCCCAGCACCCCUGUGCAGUGGAGGAAGGGGGGCACAGUGCUGCGAGCCAGUGACAAGUACAGGAUGCGCCAGGACGGGGCCGUGGCUGAGCUCACCAUCCACAACCUGAGCCAAGCUGAUGCUGGGGACUACACCUGUGACACAGGGGACCAGCAAACCACGGCAGCAGUGCAGCUGAAAGAAGCAGCAGCCACCAUCGUGGAGGGGCUGAGGGACGUGGCCACGCACGAAGGAGAAGACGCGGUGUUCGAGUGCAGGCUGUCCCAGGAAGCAGCUCAGGAUGCCCAGUGGUUCCUGGGGGAUGUUCCCCUGCAAUCCAACGAAAUGAACGAGAUCAGAGUGCAAGGGACACGUCACAGUUUGAUCUUGAGGAAGGUGACCCUGGAGGACUGUGGGUCCGUCAGUUUCAAAGUGGGGCAGCAUUCGUCGGCAGCGCAGCUGAAGGUGGAAGCUGCCCUGGUCACCUUUGUGAAGGCUCUGCACAACCUGGAGCUGCAGGAGGGUGGCACUGCCCACCUGUCCUGCGAGCUGUCCCAGCCUGAUGUCCCCGUGGAGUGGAAGAAGGGCACGUCUGUGAUCCAGCCCAGCCACAAGUGCAGCAUCCAGCAGGAGGGGAAGGUGCACACGCUGCUCAUCCACGACCUGAACCGCGCUGACUCCGGGGAGUACAGCUGCCACACGGCUGCUGGCAAGACCACGGCCAGGCUGGAGGUCAAAGGCGUGCCCGUGCUGUUCCAGCAGUGGCUGAGGAACGAGGAGGUGGAGGAAGGGCGCACGGCCGCGCUGCGCUGCGAGCUGACGCGGCCCCACGCGCGCCUGCAGUGGCGCAAAGGGGACACGGUGCUGCAGCCCGGGGACAAGUACCAGAUGCGCCAGGAGGGCACGCGAGCUGAGCUCCUCAUCUACGAGGCCGAGGCUCAGGAUGCUGGGGAGUACACCUGUGACUCGGGGGACCAGCAGACCACGGCUUAUCUGCAGGUCAAAGUACUGCCAGUGCUGUUUAACAAAGAGCUGAAAAACGUAGAGGCUGAAGAAGGGGGAACGGCAGUUUUGCACUGUGAGAUCUCCAAGCCUGAUGCUCCUGUUGAGUGGAGGAAAGGAGGGGUGGUCAUUCAGCCCAGCGACAAGUACGAGCUGAAGCUGAAGGGCAGCGUGGCUGAGCUGAUCAUCCACGGUGUAGAAGCUGAUGACUGUGGGGAUUAUACCUGCAGCACUGGAUACGAGAUCACCACAGGGUCUGUGUAUGUGCAAGAAGAAGCAGCAGUGAUAGUGUCUGGUCUGCGGAGCACAGACGUCUUUGUGGGCGAGUCAGCCACGUUCACGUGCGAGCUCUCGCCGCCGGGCGUGGGGAGCGCGCAGUGGUGGCUGGACGGGACCCCCCUGCACAACAACCUGGUCACUGAGAUCUCCCAGCAGGACGGCAGGAUCCACACCCUGACCCUAAACGACGUGGCGUGCCACGACUCGGGCACUGUCACCUUCAGAGCUGGCUCCCUUAUAUCCACAGCUAAAUUAUUGGUCAAAGAUCCCACCAUUGAAGUGGUCAGUCCCAUGCAGGACAUAACUGUUGAUGAAGAAGGCCCAGCAGAGUUCAUAUGCCAAUAUUCUAGGCCAGUGCACGCCAUCUGGAAGAAAAAUGAUCAGGAAAUACAUGCCGAUGGGCAGCGAGUGAUUAUCGAUCAGGACUGGAAUGUGAGCAUGCUAAAAAUUAACCCCACGGUCCCAGAAGACACUGGCAUCUAUUCUUGUGAAGCUGAAGGCAUUAAAGUGAUGGCUACACUUGAUGUUCAAGCCAAGAACAGCAUUGUCCAGGGCCUGGAGAACGUGGAGGCUGUAGAAGGAGGGGAAGCUCUGUUCGAGUGUUACCUCUCCAAGCCUGAGACCUACAAUUACAACUGGCUGAUUGACGAUGAACCUGCCAAGACCACGGAAAACACGGAGAUGGUUUACUUUGAAAAUGGCCUCAGGCACCUCCUGCUGCUGAAGAAUUUAACUCCCCAGGACAGCUGCAGGGUGACUUUCAUGUGCAGCGACGCGGUGACCUCAGCCUUCCUCACAGUGAAAGGGUGGCGCCUGCAGUUCCUGCAGCCCCUCACGGAUGUGGAAGUGUCUCUGGGGGACAAAGCAACAUUUAGCUGUGUCCUGAGUGAAGCUGUGCCAGUGAACGAAGUGGCCUGGUACAGCAAUGACACAGAGAUCCAGGCAGGGGAGGACUGGGAGGUGCAAGCAGAUGGAAACAAAUACAAACUUAUCCUGAAAAAAGCCCAACUGCAUCAUUCUGGAGAGGUGACCUUUGCUUCCAGGGAGGCCAUUUCAUCAGCCAAGCUUUCUGUGAUUGCCCUCCCCGAGCCACCUGAAGCACCAGAGAUCCUGAGUCAGAGCAGCCACUCCGUCACCCUGUCCUGGCACAGGCCGCUGGGUGACGGCGGCCAGCCCAUCCUGGGCUACAGGGUGGAGAGGAAAAUCCCAGGAGUUGGCUGGCAGUCCUGCAGCAGGGAGCUCAUCCCAAACACGGAGCUCACCGUGGAUGGCCUCAGCCCGGGGGAGCCCUACCGAUUCCGAGUGUCGGCCGUGAGCAAAGCGGGGCCCAGCGAGGCGCUGCACUUCCCCCAGACGGUGCGGUUAGAGCCUCCAGUUACCAUCACCCAACCCUUGGUGGGAGGAUCUGUCUCGGAAGGGGGGGUGGCUCGCCUGGAGUGCACAUUAUCAAACAAAACUGAGGAGAAAGUGACCUGGUUCAAGGGAAAAGAGCAAAUAAAAGCUGGAGGGAGAUAUGAAAUCCUUUCUGAAGGAACGAAGCAGAUUCUCAUUAUCCGUGGAUUUAAACCUGAGGAUCAGGACAGCUACACCUGCAUGGCUUCUCCAGAAGUCAAAUCUGUUGCCAGCCUGUGUCUUGAAGUUCCCACAGUGUCGAUGCUGAAGGAGAUUGCCAGGGAAGCUCCCCCUGCCAGCCGGGCUGAGGAGCAGGUGGAUGGACACAUCCAGCCCAGCCUGCCCCCUGAAGCUGCCCAGGAGGGAGAUCUGCACCUCCUCUGGGAAGCCCUGGCCAAGAAGCGUCGGAUGAGCCGGGAGCCCACCUUGGAUUCCAUCAGUGAGGUGCCCGAGGAGGAGGAGAAGCUUCAGAAGCUGAGGAAGGAGGAAGCAGAGAUGUCCCACUACUACUCAGAGGAGUACUCCACGUGUGACGAGCUGGCCAGGACGGGAGAGGCAGAUUUCUCUUUCACAAGCUCUGAUGAUGAGUCCAGAGCUGGCACUCCUUCCCUGGUGAACUACCUCAAGAAAGCUGGGAAGAAGAGCACCAGCAUUACCAGCAAGGUUCAGUCCACCUCCACAGGAAAACUAUGGAAGCAGUGGGAGACAACCACCGUGGAGACCACUGUGGCCACCACAGCUGCGCAGCCAGCUGAACCAGAGCUGCCAGAUUUAGACGACCCCUCCAUGAACAAGGCGGCUGUGAAGAUCCAAGCCGCUUUCAAAGGCUACAAAGUCAGGAAAGAGAUCAAGCAACAGGAGUGCCCGGUGUUCACUGAGACCUUCAAAGACUUCUCUGGAGAGCCUGGAAGCACCCUGCACCUGGAGUGUGUGGCCCACAGCAAAACCGACAUGAACGUCCGCUGGCUGAAGGAUGGCAAGGAGCUCUCGGAUGGUCGCUACUACCACAUCGACAGCUACAGCGACGGCACCUGCUCCUUGAUCAUCGCCGGCCUGGACAGGAAGGAUGCAGGCAAAUACACCUGUGAGGCAUCCAAUAAAUUUGGCAAGGUCUCACACAGCGCCAAGGUGGUGGUUGGCGCUCAGGAAGCUCAAGCUCUUGCUAAGGAGAAGAGGAGUAAGCAAAGCACCGACAGCGAGACGGAGAGCUCAUCUGGCAGCGAGCUGGACGACGCUUUCCGAAAAGCAGGAAGGAGACUCCACAGGCUCUUCAGGGCCAAGAUCUCCACGGAGAUCUCUGAUGUGGAGGAAGAGCUCUUUGUCAGCGCAGACGAAGGGGACAUAGACGUGGUUGACCACCAGACGUACCGUGAGGAUGACCAGUACAUCUACAUCAAGUUUGAAGUCAUGUCCGAGGCCAAAACGGCCGCCACACGGUUCAGAGAGAUGUUUGGUGCUCUGGGAAUUCCAGUGGAGAUCGACAUCUUGGAACAAGGCCCGAAAAAAAUUGAAUUGCGCAUUGGGAAGGCAUCACCUCCCACCCUUGGGAAGUUUCCACCUCCAUCAAGACCUCCACCACCUUUGCUGACUUCUGACACAGCCCCCAUGUUCAUGACCGAGCUCCAAAACCAAGAGGUCCAGGACGGGUACCCAGUGAGCUUUGACUGCAUCGUCAUUGGCAAACCCCUGCCCACGGUUCGCUGGUUCAAGGACGGCAAAGCUAUUGAGGAAAACGAUCACUACAUGAUCAACGAGGACCAGGAAGGGUGCCACCAGCUGAUCAUCACCGCCGUGGUGCCCACGGACAUGGGCGUCUACCGCUGCCUCGCUGAGAACAACAUGGGCGUGGCCUCAACCAAGGCUGAGCUCCGUGUGGACCUGACUAGCACAGACUAUGAGACAGCAGCAGAUGCAACAGAGACUUCAUCUUACUACAGUGCCAAGGAAUAUAUUUCAAGCCGAGAACAGGAGGAAUCCAUGACUGAGGAGGAGCAGCUGCCCCAGAUCUUUGAUGAGCUCCAUGAUAUUCACGUGGCACCUGGAGCAUCGCUGGCUAAAUUUCACCUGAAGGUGAAAGGGUACCCUCAGCCUCGUCUCUAUUGGUUCAAAAAUGGGCAGCCCCUAAAGGCCUCGGACCGGAUCCUCAAGACCGACAGGCAGGAAUUCCACUCCCUGGAAAUCCGCGACGUCACCAAAGCAGACGCCGGCCAGUAUUUGAUAUUUGUCAUCAACUCUGCUGGCUCUGCCUAUUCCUCAGCCAGGCUGGUAGUCAAAGAUCCUUAUGAGAAAGAAGAGCCAUCCAAAACAGAUUCCCAUGAGCAGCUGAUACCGCCAAGAUUCCUUGAAAGAUUUACAAAUAAGAAGGUGAAAAAGGGUGCAAGCAUCACAUUAUCUGUGAAAGUUGAAGGGCAUCCACCACCAACAAUCACUUGGAUGAAGGAAGAGUCUCGGGAGGACAUCCUGUGGAUCAAACCAGACACUCCUGGGUACAAACUGGCCAGUUCCAACAUGCACCACAGCCUGAUCCUGCUGGACGUCAAGAAGAAGUACAGUGGAGCUUACACCUGCAUUGCCACCAACAAGGCUGGCCAGUCCAUCUGCACGGCCAACCUGGAAGUUGCAGAUGUGAAAGAGGCUGAAGUCCUGACCCAGGAGCGUGUGAUGGUGUCAGAAGCCAUCAUGACCACCCUGGGAACUAUUCAGUCCUCUGAAGGAGACCUUGAAGCUGGCAGAGAAGGUGUGCCCAAAACCCCCAUUUCAUUAGCUGAUGUUGGCUCAGAAGAGUUCUUCCAGAAACUCACCUCACGUAUCUCAGAAAUGGUAUCUGCAAAAAUAACUCAGGCUAAACUUCGAGUACCAGGUGCAGAAAGUGAUGAUGAGUCAAGAACUCCCUCUGCAUCUCCUCGCCACGGACGGUCCAGACCUUCAUCCAUUGCUCAGGAAUCCUCCUCUGAAUCUGAAGAUGGGGAUUCCAGAGGGGAGAUCUUUGAUGUCUACAUGGUCACUGCUGACUACGUGCCCGCGGCGCCGGACAAGGAGACCAUCACCCUGAAGGAAGGACAAUAUGUGGAAGUCCUGGAUUCAGCUCAUCCUCUGAAAUGGCUGGUCAGGACUAAACCCACAAAAUCGAGUCCCUCUCGACAGGGUUGGGUGUCUCCAGCUUAUCUGGACAAGAAAUUAAAGUUGUCACCGGAGUGGGGAGCAACAGAAAUUCCAGAGUUUCCUGGAGAGUUUGUUUCUGAAGAUGAAUACAAAAGGAAGCUAAGUGUUCUCAUUCAGGAGCUGUUGAUCUCAGAGGAAGAUUACAUCCAGGAUUUGCAGUUUCUCCAGACUCAUCACCUUAGGUACACUGAGACCUGUCCCAGUGUGCCAGGAGCUGUUGCCAGUCAGAAAUCCACCAUCUUCAGGAAUAUUGAUGACAUUGGUCGCUUCCAUUCCAGCGUGUUCCUGAGGAGCCUGCAGGGCUGUGACACUGACGAUGACGUGGCCAUGUGCUUCAUCAAGCACGAAGCAGAGUUCAGCAGGUACAUCCAGUACCUGGUGGGAAGGGUCCAGGCAGAGUCCAUUGUUGUCAGCAAAGCUGUCCAGGAUUUCUACAAGAGAUACACAGAUGAAUAUUUAACUAAUGAAGAUCCCUCACAGCCACUGAUCCCACCACUACAGCACUACCUGGAAAAACCCAUAAACAGGAUCCAGCAAUACCAGACAAUAAUUAAGGAAUUAAUCCGAAACAAGGCCAGGAACAGCCAGAACUGCACUUUGCUGGAGCAGGCCUAUGCCAUCGUGUCUGCCCUCACCAGGAGAGCAGAGAACAACCUGCAUGUCUCUCUCAUUGAGAAUUACCCUGGGACCUUGGAGAGCCUUGGGGAGCCCAUCCGCCAGGGCCACUUCAUUGUGUGGGAAGGAGCUCCAGGAGCUCGAAUGGCAUGGAAAGGACACAAAAGACAUGUUUUCCUCUUCAAAAAUUAUAUUGUGAUCUGCAAACCAAAGCGAGACACAAAGACUGACACCUACAGCUACAUCUUCAAGAACAUCAUGAAGCUGAACAACAUAGAUGUGAACGACCUGGUGGAAGGGGAUGACCGGGCCUUUGAGAUCUGGCACGAGCGGGAGGAUUUGGUGCGCAAGUACCUGCUGCAGGCACGGACCGUGAACAUCAAGAACUCCUGGGUGAAGGAGAUCUUGGGCAUCCAACAGAGGAUCAGCGAGCCCAUCUGGAUCCCUCCAGACUUUGAGGAAGAGCUGGCGGACUGCACAGCUGAGCUGGGAGAGACAGUCAAGCUGGCCUGCAAGGUGACAGGAGCUCCCAAGCCAUCCAUCAGCUGGUACAAAGAUGGGAAGCCCGUGGAGGUAGAUCCCCACCACAUUAUCAUAGAAGAUCCUGAUGGCUCCUGCACGCUGAUCUUGGACAACCUGACCGGGGCUGACACAGGACAGUACAUGUGCUUUGCUUCCAGUCCUGCUGGGAAUGCCAGCACCUUGGGAAAGAUCCUUGUUCAAGUGCCCCCACGGUUUGUGAACAAGGUCAGAAAUGCUUAUCUUGUCGAGGGUGAAGAUGUCCAGUUCACCUGCACUGUGGAAGGAGCACCCAGGCCUCAGAUCAGGUGGUACAAGGAUGGGGUGCUGCUGAAGGACACCAGUAAAUACCAGACUUUCAGUGAACCACGGAGUGGCAUCGCGGUCCUCGUGGUGAAGAACCCUUCCAAUGAAGACAUGGGGCACUAUGAAUGUGAGCUGAUGAACAGAUUAGGGUCUGCCAAGAGUGGAGCAGAGCUUUACCACCACAGCGCCGCAGCCCUGACCCAGGAGAGGAGAGGAGACCAAGCCAUCACCAUUGAAGUCACUGAACAAGAGACUAAAGUGCCCAAGAAAACCAUCAUCAUAGAGGAGACCAUAACCACGGUGGUGAAGAGCCCAAGACAAAGGGGAAGGGUUUCUCCUGCACGUUCUCCUUCAGGUCAUUCUCCUUCCCGCUCCCCGCGGGCGGAGCCGGCUCCGGAGCCGGUUUAUGUCUCCAAGAUCAGGCAGCCUGUCCACAGACACGAGCAGGAGGCAGCAGCAAAGGCUGCUGCUGUUCCCAGGCUCUAUGUCACAGAACACGAGGACAUGCAAGGGGCAGCAGCGAGGGACGUCGUUGUGGAAAGCACAGUGGAAGAGAAAAAGCCCAAGUGGGUCGAAGUGGAAGAAAUCAUUGAAUUCAAGGUGAAAAAGUCACCAAAGCCCACAAGGAAAAGAGGUUCUUCCCCAGUAAAACAAGAAAAAGAUGAGUCAGGAGUGUUAACGUUCACUUUUCCCAGCUCAAGGCCGAAGCGUUCCCCAGAAGAUGAUCCAAACACAAACAACUCCAACAAUAAAUUGGUGGAACAGUCAAAGUCUCUGCCGAACGAGGGUCUCUCUGAAGGUGACAUCCAGCCUCUGGUGUAUACCACUGAGCAGGAAGGACCUCAAGUCAGCAGUGAAGAGAGAAACUCCCCGUGUGGGUCUGAGCAAUUAGGAAGUGAUUCAUUUAUGGAUUAUGGGACUGAAGGAAAGAGCUGCCCUCAGGAACCAUCUGCUGACUGUGGGUCAGGCGCUGCCUCCCCUCUGCUCGCCUGCGGGGGCGAGCCUUUGGUCUUCAGUUUUGGGACAGCUGCUGAGGACCAACACGAAGUUCUGUUCUCCCCAGUGAGUCCAGAGGAGAAGGAAGGGCUCGAUGAAGUGGAUGUGUCUUGGCCUGUUGGAGAGGAGGUACCUGAAGUAAUACAGGACCUCCUUCCCGAAGAGGACAACGUCAUAGUGGACGAGCCAGAGGAGCCACACACCGACGACAUCAGCACCCGGGACCGCAAGAUUUUAACCCACAACGGCAAACUCUUAACUCUGGAGGACCUGGAGGACUACGUCCCUCAGGAAGGCGAGACCUACAGGUGUGAGGAUCAGAAGCCCACGGCAGAGAAGCCCUGCGAGAUCUCGGUGCUGCAGACGGAGAUCAACGAGCCCACCAUCGGCAAGCCGGUGCUGCUGAGCGUGGUCAGGCCCGUGGUGCCCGAGCCCAGGCAGAGGUUCUUCAGCCAGUACGAGGAGCACGUCCCCGGGGCCGUGUUCCUGUCAGCCUCUAGGGUGGCUGGGGUGCAGUCUUCAGGCCCUUCCAACAUCUCUUUCCGUGUGAGCGACGCCCGCGCGGCGCCUCCCGGCCCCUCCUUCACUGUGAAGCCCUCGUUCUGCACCGAGGUCCAGCGCUCCGCCGACAACGGGCAGUCCAGCUUCAAAACUGAAGUUUCCACCAGAACCCUCAGCUACGGGACUGUUGGCGAGCCUGUCACCUUGCACAUCAGCACAGAAGACCUCUCCCAGAGCUGA